AUGUUAUUUUUGGACGCAUGGAUUUUUUUGCUGAUCUUUUAUGCAACUAUUUUCGUAGAUGGAAAUUAUCAGAAUCAAGGUGGCGGAUGGAGUGAAGAUUAUAACAAGUAUUAUCAGCAACAGCAAAAAUAUCAGCAGCAACAGUUUCAGCAGCAAUUUCAGCAGAAUCAGAAUCAACACCCCAGUAAUUUGCCGUAUAGAAGUUAGUUUUUUUUGGGUGAAGGGGGAGGGUUUUGGCGCUAUUUUUGAGUGGGUAAAUUUGAAGUUGAAAUAAAUUCUACAGUAAGAUUUUUGGCUGAAUUUUUGAGCCGGUAAUUUUUGGAAUUUUCAGCGCUGAUUUCCAGUUGAGCUAACUUCAUUAGUUUCAAAAAAAUUCCCAAAAUUCACCUGAAACAGUAGAUUUUUUCUAAAAUUAGCUGAAAAUCUCCCGUUUUUUUCAGGAUCCUAAUCUCAUCUCCGAUUUAAAAUUUCCAUUUUUUCUUCAAAAAAAAUGUUUUUUGUGUUUUGAGAGAUCGGAAGAUUCAAAUGUUCCUGAAACUUUUUUUUCAAAAAAAAAAUUACUCAUCUCAAAUUUCACUUCCAAAAAUGUUUUUUUUGGAAAAAUCCGGAAAUUAUUUGCGUUCAAAAUUUCAUAUUUGCAAAUAUUUGUGAAUUGAAAUUCUGGAAGUCUGAAAAAAUUUUGGAAGAUUUUUAUUUUUUAACAUUGUAAAUUUUAAGUUAACCUAAAAUUGUAGACCAAAUUUUCCCCAGCCAAAUUAAUUUCAAAGAUUUCACAAUUUUUUAAAAGUUUCCCAAUCAAAAUUCUGAAGCCACGUCGCUUUUCUGAAUUCCUAAUUUUGUAGAUCAAAAUCUCGAACUUUUUCUGAAAUUUUAGAAUCUGGGCUCCGAACUUCAUAACUUCCUCUUUCAAAAUUUUCGAUGCCUCGUGGAUUUUCUGCUUCGAAUUUUUUUGAAAAUGAAAAUCUGAAACUACUUCUGAAAAUUCAGAAUCUGGGCUCAAAACUUCAUCAUUUCCCCAUCAAAUUUCUAAAUGCCACGUGUCUUUUCUGAAUUUCAAAUUUCAUAGAAUAAUUUCUGAAAACUGAAAUGUUGACUUAAAUUUAAUGUUACCACGUGGAUCUUCUAACUUUAAAAUUUCUGUAAACGAAAAUAUGAUUUUUUUUUCUGAAAAUUUAGAUUCUGGGCUCAAAACUUCAGAACUUUCCCCAUCAAACUUCUGAACUCCACGUGGUUUUUUAGCUUCCGAUUCCGUGGUUCAAACUCUGGAAUAUUUUCAGAAAAGUUUAAAAUUUCUGGCUAAACAUUUUUGUUGAUCAAAACUCAAAAUGAUUUGCUCCAAAAUCUCUAUAUUGUUUCUCAAGACAUUUUUUCUCGCACCCGGAAAUUAAUUCAACUUUUUCCUAUUUUUGCACACGUCUUCUGCCUCUUCUGCCUCAAAAUAUCCUUUCUCGUGAAAAUCCUUUAGGGUUCAUCAAUUCUUGCCCAAAAAUCCCAUCCUUUGUUUCUUUUUUUUUUGUUGUUAUUUUAUUCUAUAUUUUCCCUCAAGUAGCACAGCACUUCACACACUUUUUCCUUUUUUUUGUGUUGCUUGUAAAAAUCUCUUUGUGUUUUCACAUGCACUUUUACUUUGGGCUUAGGCUUAACAUUUAAUUUUCGCCGAAAGGGGAAAAUAUUUUUCAUUUUACAUCAUCGCAUGAAAUUAUGUAGCUAAUUAAUAUACAUCUAACACGAAUUUUUUCUUUCUUGAAAAAUAGCAAUUUUUUUGGUCAGAGAAAAUAUUUGUGUAAAAUAAAAAAUUUUGAAAAUCAAAUUUGUACCCCACCCAACCCACCCAUCUCAUUAUCAAGACAAAACAAAACGUAAAACUUUUUUUUUGUGGUCAGAAUUUUUCACUUCUUUUUUUUUCUAGCUAAAAAUGGUGGAUGAAGGAAGAAAAAAUUAGAUUCAUAUUAUUAUUCAUGCAAAUUGUUUUUGUUCCAUUUAGAAGAGUGACGGGUAUUCCGUUCUUUUUUUACUUGAGAGUUCUUUUUUCCUGAAUAUUUAUGGAUUUUUUGAGCUACAUUUUGAGGCUGAAAAUUUUAAAGCUUCUCAAGAUUUUUCCCACUGUUUUUUUGUUUCAGAAAAGAAAAAAUUACUGUUUCACAAGCUUCAUAAUUGUUUUAAGAAUUUCAAAAAAAAUUUCUCAAUUCUAAAUUGUACUUGGAAUUUUGUUAAGCUUAAUUUUUGAGUUUCAGAAAAAAAGUUGACAGAUUUUUAAGAACUGAUUUUUCACUCUAAUCAUCUUUCGGUUUUUUUUAUUUCCAGAUUUUUCCUAGUAACUUUUUGAUCUGAAAAAUACAGGAUUAUUUAUUUAUUUUAAAUUUAAAUUUUAUUUUAAGCUACAAAUUUUCAGGCGGAAACUGAUACUGUAGGCUCAGAAAAUUCAAAUUUUUUUUGGAUUUUCUGGCCCAGAAUCUGAAAUUUGAAUAUAAAUUCUAAUUUGAAUUUAGACGUAUAUUUUCAAACUGAAAAGCGGUCAAAAUUUUAAAAUUAAAAAAAAAAAUUUCAAAAUUCUCAGAGAUUCGCUGGCUAGCUCGCCACCAGGUGGGGAGGCUGGCUGACCUGGGAACCACAUGGAAACCAUGUCGCCCGGUUUUUUUUCGCUGGCAAGGUGGCCAGGCUCUGGCUAGGUCACGGCCACAUGGCUACCAUGUGGUGGCCACUUCGCCGCGUCAAAAUGAAUUUUCAUGAAAAUUUCUGAAAAACUUGUGAAUUGAGGCAUUUUUCGAAAAAUUUGGCUCAUUUUCUGUUUUUUCGCAGCACUUGAAACCUUAGGAAGUGAAAAAACAGUAGAAAAUGCAGUGUUUUGAGUACAAACCACCGUCUUGCCAGCCUUUCAGAUUUUCAAACACACAGGCCACGUUGCCGGAAAACUCAAGGCGACCUGGCAGCCAUGCGGUUUCCAGGUGGCCGCACCGAUCUGGUGGCGAGCUGGCCAGCGAAUCUCUGAGUUUUUUUUGCAAAAUUCUUCAGCCAAAUUCAAAAGUUUUAAAAUUUUUGUAGAUCAAAAUCUGAAAAGAACCUUUGAUUUCUAAACUUCCACGUAGAUUUAACUUGAAGAAUUUUCAAAUUCUGGAAAGUCUCUGACCCCGUUCUCAUCAAUUUCCCUCCUCAAAUCUCUGUCUGUUCCGAUUUUUUUGCCAAGAAAACCACAAAAUCAUCUCACAUCACAUAGUGUCUAAAACAAAACACACACUCAUUUAUUUUUGCCCUGCCUGAUUUUUCCGCCGCUGAUUUUUUCCCCGUCAAAAAUCUUCGUCUUCCCAUCAAUCUCAUAAUGAUGACAGCUGUGUUUGUGUGUUGAAAAAAUCCGAAGUGUGAAAAAAAUCAAGAUAGAAUUAAUUUAUAUAUUUAUUUUUUUUUGCCUCUUCUUGAUGUGCUCCAGAUUUUAUAUUAUUUUCAUUUCGCUCCCCCAAAUCCCACGUUUCUUAAAAAUCCGUUUGCCCGCCGGGAUUUUUUGGAAGAUUAUCCCUGGUGGGAAAAUUUCCGCGGAAGACCUCCUUGAUUUCUUUUCUUCUCUUGCCCCACUAAUAAUAUAAAAUAAAAUAAAAGUUCAUUCAGAAAAAAUUGUGGUAGCCUGGCAACAUUGUGCACUUAAUAUAAUAAAUGAUCUUCUUAAAAUAAAAAUAAGUUCAUUCAUUUUUUGGCUCAGAAAUAUGCUAUGAGAUGUACUUUUUCUUCCUAUUUUUUCUAUUGAUACCGUAUUCGACGAUGACGUUGUCAAGUAAUAUUGUGGCCGCUGGACCGUUUUUGGUGAAAAGUGGUAGGGGAUAUUUGAAAAUUUUUUUAGAAACCUGAAGUAGGUUCUGAAAUUUCAAAAAUUCUAAAAACUUGCCAAAAAUAUUUACAGCUUGAAAUCAAAAAUAUUCAAAUUUUCCAAAAAAUUUUGGAAACCUCAAAACAAAUUUCAAAAAUAGCGCCUACCCAAACCUUUUCUUCACUAAAAAUUCCCCAUUUCCAGACACAGUCCCGUGCUAUUCCUGUAUGUCGAAAUUAUAUGAAGCAGUCUGGCCAUCAUUAUCCAAUAUCUAUCAGGAGCCCAGAAAUUUUACAGGUGAGAUUUUCUCAUUUUUCUCAUUAAAAUAUACGUUUCAAAAAUUUUUCAUUGAUUUCAGAUGAUUGCAAUGAUGAUCGGAUAGCGAGUGGUAGAGUUCCGAUAAUUCAAUGUUCAACGAUUUGUGUGUCACUUUUUGAGCAGCCAAAUAUUGCAGGUAGGAAAUUUUGGUGGAUUUUUAAGGUUCCAAAAAAAUAUAUUGAACUUCCUGAAUUUGAUUAGAAAUUUUGGACAUUUAAAAUUUCAUAUCAAACUUCAGGAGUAUCAAGAAGCUCUGAAUUGUAGCCUGAUUUAGGUUUAUGAAAAUCCUAAGAACUUAUCGGAUUCAGGUUCGAAAUUCAGAAUCUUGAAUUUUUUAAAUCCAGAAAAAACCUCUAAAUCAUCUCAGAAAUUUAAAAAAUUCAGGCUAUACAAGUUAGUCUAAGUCUAAACCAAUCCUAAAAAAAAUUCUGAUUCUUGAAAUCUAGAGAUCCAAACAUUCCAGGCAUCCGAAUCAAAGGCUACAUCCGUGGUUGUCUAAACACAGUGCUCAAAAAAGGUUUCAACAUGACAAUCGUAAAUCGCUAUCGCUGGCUACACCGCGAUUCGUGUCGACCAUACCGAAAAAAAGAGUUGUUCGAACUCGGCGAACAUCAAACCGACGACUCAACCAUCGAUGUUUGCACCUGUUAUGCAGAUCAUUGUAAUGGCAACAUUUCACCGCCGACUAGCCUUUUCUUCUUGACAUCUUUGGUCACUAUUUUGUUCUGGCAACUCAUUUGAUAUUACUGGUGCUUUUUUUUUAUUUUAGUUUUUGACUUUUUUUUGGAGAUACGGGUUUUAAAUUUUUUGCAUUCUUUGUUGGCUCAAUGAUAAAUACUAUGAAUGAAGUUUUUUUUUCUGAUUCCUAAGCUUUAGAAUAAUCUAGUGAAGGUACUAAGCGUUUUCUGAUAGAUCGAAAAAUGUGAUAAAAACUUUUUAAUUCGAUUUCAAAUGUUUUGUGGCGAGUUCGAUUCGGGAAGGAAAAAUGUGGGUUGAGAAGAGAUCAAAAUAGAUUAAAAGGUGUCGAUUUAUGUGUAUUUUGAUCUUGUCUUGACCCACAUUUAUCCUAACUCAUGAAAAAUUGAAAUCAAAUAAUUUUUGAUUUUGUAUUUUCAUUAGUUAAAAAAAACUUAGGCCAAGUUCCAGAAAAGAACAAUUUUUGAUCUACCAAUGAAGUUUAAAGGAACAUACAGUAGUCUGAAGGAACUCGUGGAUACACAAAAUUAAACGAAAUGUUUCCAAACUGCAAGGAUUACUGUAGAACAGGCAGGUUUAUUCAUGAACUGCAAGACCUACUAUAUUCUUUUUCAAAUUCAAAAGAGAACGGAAGAUUUGGGAAACUUCAAGACAUUCAGUAACUCAAAAAAUUCCAAACUGCAAAGAUUACUGUAGAACAAACAUUCUAGCUAAAUAGACAAAAAUAGAGAACUACAAAAAUAGUCCUGUUUCUCAGAAUUUUCUGCUAGAUUGAAAAAUGUGAUAUAAUUUUGAAUUCCACGAUUGAAAACUGUUUAAUCCGAUUUCGUUUUUUGUAGCGAGUUCGAUUCGGGAUAGAGAUCAAAAAUAGAUUAGGAGAAUUAUAAAAUGAGAUCUGAAGUGCAGUUUCCCAUUCAAAAAAUGUAUUUACAAAUGGACUCUGACUCGGAUUCAGCCAAAGCUCUAACUUCAAAUUCAAAGUCGGCCAGAAUUUAUUUUCUAAUUUUCAGUGUCACUCUAUUAUUCAUCUACCUCCACCUUGCUUCUUUUAAAACUGAAAGCAAUAUUCCCGAAAAAUCGGAAAAUUUGCUGGAAAAAUUCCAAAAUUGUUAUCGACCCAACGUUUUCACGUACUCGAACAAUUCCGAAGAUAUUUGGAAUAAUUUUGAGAUUAUUACUCAUGUUUGUGAUUAUUUUGGAAAGCACAUGGAUCUUCGUCCACUUCGCAAUUUCGAUGAGACAAAAUGGAUGGCUUUUCCGAAGACUGAGGUGAAAGAUCUUACUAUGGUGACGUUGGGAAUUGCGAAUGAUAUUACUGCUGAGACAAAAUUGAAGGAGGUGGGAAUUUGAGGGGUUUAAGGAAUGCCUGUCUAGCUGUCAAGACUUGAGAGCCUGGCUGUCAAGGAGCCACGUCUUGAGAGCAUGUAUGUCAAGAAGCCACGUCUCGAGGAUCUGUCUCUAAAGGAGCGACGCCUUGAGAGCCUGGUUGUCUAGGAGCCAGGCCUUGAAAGCCUGUUUGUCAAGGAGCCACACCUUAAUAGCUUGCCUGUCAAGGAGCCACGCCUUGAUAGCCUGGUUGUCUAGGAACCACGUCUUGAGAGCCUCGCUGUCAAGUAGCCACGUCUUGAGGACCCGUCUGUCAAGGAGCCACGCCUUGAGAGCCUGGUUGUCUAGGAGUCACACCUUGAGAGCCUGGUUGUCUGGGAGCCACGCCUUGAAAGCCUGGUUGUCUAGGAGUCACGCCUUGAGAUCCUGGUUGUCUAGGAGCCGCGCCUUGAGGGCCUCUCUGUCAAGGAGAUACUCCUUGAGUAUCUGUUUGGCAAGGAGCCACGCCUUGAGGGCCUCUCUGUUAAGGAGAUACUCCUUGAGCAUCUGUUUGGCAAGAAGCCACGCCUCGAGGGCCUCUCUGUCAAGGAGAUACUCCUUGAGCAUCUGUUUGGCAAGAAGCCUUGGGGGGCCUUGGGGGCCUCACUGUCAAGAAGAUACUCCUUGAGCAUCUAUUUGGCAAGGAGCCACGCCUAGAGGACCUCUCUGUCAAGUAGUCACGCCUUGAGGACCUCUCUCAAUUGUUCCUAUUUUCCAGCUUCUCCCCCAAACUCAAUUCUUCGGCGCCGAUCCAUCAAACAUGUCGCAAAUCUACACAAACAUCGGAAAACAUUUUCAAUUCGGAGUGUCUGGAAAAACUGCAGUGAAAAACACGCGCCUCUACGAUAAUGGUCAGUUAACAUAAGUCCCUCUCUUAUUUCCGAAAAAAAUUUCUACAGAUCACAACCCAGUGGAAAAUGAUGUGAAAAAUGUGAACUUCGUGGAAUUCAUCAAUAAAUAUGUGCAACGAAAAAUGUUGCAUUUUCUGUGGAUCGAUGUUGAAGGAGGGGAAUUUGAAAUUAUGGAAAUGUUACAUAGAGAUGGAGAAAUCGAAAAAAAUCAUAUUAAUAUUUGUCAAAUCAAUAUUGAGGUUCAUCGAGAAACAUUGGCCGAAAUUAAAAAUGAAACUGAUCGACUCAAAAUCUUUCUACAACAAAUCGUUGAAGAUGGGAAAUAUGUAUUGUUAAAAGGUUUCAAUGUAAGAAUUCCGAAUUUUGUGAGAGUUUUUCUAGUGAAUGUGAAACAUCCGGAGUGUAGAAGAUUGUUUAUUGAUUGA